AUGUCCGAGCAGGAAAGUUUAGCUAUAGAAGUGCACUUGUUUCACCUCCAUGACAUGGACCCAGACGCUGAAGUUGAUCACGGUUCACGAUGCUUGUCCAUUGGAAAAGCUCAUACCGACGCCAAAGUGAUUUCCAUGCGAAAAGCUGCUUUCGUUGGUCCAGGCUGCCGUGGUAUACACAUCGUUUCCGUUCCAACAAGGCCUUGCCCACCUGCCGUGGUGCGAGUAGGGCACAUGGAGAUUGGACAUUGGAUACAACACGACUUCGACCGCAGUCCAUGGUUAGACAUGGACGACCAUCGAGAAGUAUUCGAGACAUUAGCCCUCGACGAUGAUCUGGACACUACUUGCGAAUACUACAUGUAUUACGAGAACCAAGGAGAAGGUCGAUACUUCCUGCCGAACGAAUACGUCGCAACGAUGAGUUUCAACCGUGCACGCCCAUGGAGUGGCAGUUUGCUCGUCCUCAAAGCCAAAAAGGAAAGUGGGGAAGUGGUAGACGUCGCCUUUGACGACAUACCUGACAUAAAACGCAUGAUUGUUGCGUUUCGUCGCCAGUUGCCUGCCGAAAUCCUCUCUUAUAUCAUUUCGCUAUGUCAUGUAUCGUCCUUGCCUUCUUUAUGUGCGGUCUCUGGUGAAUGCCAGACAAUGGUCGCUGGGAUGAUGAAAUCACGAAUGAGAGCAGCUCUGACGGUCUACUUACCUCAAAGUUCACAUGAGCGCUUCUGGAUCAUACUCGACAACACGCAAAGCAUAGUUCUCGGAGCAGUUCCGCUCUUGACCUUCUUGCCAUCUGUUACUCCCACCUGCCUUGACAUAGCAUUGCCGACCGCUGCCCUGGAUGAGUGGAUCACUUUUCUGGAGGAGAUGUCUUAUUGCAAAGCAUCCACCUGUUCCCUAGCUCGUUGUGAUGACAUUAAGUCGACAGUAACCCUAAUCAAAGAGACCGAAGACCACGUCAAUUGCACUGUCAACCUCUUACAAACCGAUAGCCGUUCAGCCAUCCCAGUGAUCUUUUAUCAAAGGUUGACGGCCACGAUGACAUUCGCGACGUCCGAAGAAGUUUACUGUCUCUACCCUGGUUUAACAGGGAGUGGUAGAACCUUAGCAGGACAUAAACCAUACGAUGGCGUGCCCGUCCAUGACCAGGAGGCCGAACAACUCAACUUGGAUUUCGGGAUAAACUGUGCAAAGUGGAAUGAAAAAUGUCUAACCAAUUGCCCGAAGCUUGUUAGAACCUUAUAUGACUCAAAAGAUAUUGGCGUACUUCGAUGGAACCGGUCGAAUAGGGGUCAGGCAUUGUUUGCUCAGAUAUACCUCCACAUCAAAGUCAAAAUACACCAUAAUUCGCGCGAUUCGCCCGCCCAGUCCAGGACAUGGAAUGUAAUGCGGAAGGCUGAUUUCCAUGUUUACACAGGUGCGGUUAGAGAGGCGAGAUCGCAAAAUUUACUAAACCGUGCGCUUAGAGAGGCGAGAGCGCAAUACGGUGCCCCGACAAUGACUGUUCCACUCUAUGGAACUGGAUUUCUCCUCGCCACAUCGGAUAAGCAUAACAUUCUUUAUGCAACUGAACAGGACAUAAAGGACCACUUGGUACACUACGCGACACAUCAAAACGUUCCUGAGGAAACCCCUUCGUCUGUCAAAGUUAUAAUACAUGUUAUGAGUAGCAUAAUGAGUGUAGGGACCCACCGCUCAAACAGCAAGACUGGAGAUCCAUCCACGCUCUUCUGUCACGAAUAUCCACCGACACCACCUUUGCAAAAACCGAACACCAAAUUUAGCGGCCCCAUGCACCGAAACAGUUUGCUGAAAAACCCCCUGUAUGGAGCGAAUCCUGUCUUCGCCAGCAGUGUGGGCUGGUCAGAACAAGACAAUGGCAACAAACUCGUCAUCGCCAAACCAUCCGACGACAACAGUAUACGUGACGCCUACUUUGUUGUUGUCAGUGUUGUGUCAGAAAACAAGUUGGCGGUAUCUCCGAUAGGGAAUUACAACCCCAAGUACAACGAACUCGCGACUUCAAAAUUCCAGCUUACGCUGAAGCAGCCUAUGGACGACGACUUCGCCAAGGACUGGCCGCUUGCGAUGCAGGCACUAGAGUCUAUCCAGGGUAUCAUUGCAUCGUCCAGCGACCGUCGUUAUUUCUUAAUCAAAGACAGCGGGACAACAGCGUUGAGAGUUUCCACCCCUCUAUGUGUUAAGAUUUUCAAUAAGGAUCCUGGAGAUGGGGAUAUUGAAGGGACGGAAAGUGUUGAUAGUUGGCCGGUCCCUGCUCAACACCAAGCCGCGUUCGAAGGUAUCAAAGAGACUCACCGGUUACAGCCACUAGCGGUAUACGACGAAAAGGAUAUCUUCAUCAACGCGGAAGCCGUUCCAUCCGCCCUGAAAGGUGCCUUAGUCGAGGUCACCUUGAAGUUGAAGCACUACAAUAUAAGAUCGGCGGAUAAACCCGCCUUCGACUCUUUCACGGGUGGAAUAGAGCAAAUAGUCGUCCUCAAGCGCGGAGCGCCUUCACCUCCCAGCCCAUUCCGAGCGCAACUGAAGAAAGGUCCGACCCGUCCAUCUCACGCGGUACUUCAAGCUGCUGCGGACGCCUUCAAUCCAGUUCCACAAACGUUCAAACCAGUCGCAGCCGCCACUACAGUCGCAACCGCCAGUACAGUCGCAGCUGCCACAGGUCCAUCACCAUCAAAAGCGGCUCCAUCAGCUAACGUACCUGGAUCAUCCGGUAGCAACAGACCCAGCGAAGGAGAGGUGCAAUUGGGGGAUAAACGACAGGCUGAGGACGAUGGCGACCAAGGUGCAAAGAAACAAAAGAAGGGUAAAGCGAAGACUUACAAUGAUUACAUGUCUCUGCUACAACCUGACAAAGUAGAGGAAUUCGGCAUCAGUGAGGAAAGACCAGUGUUCCAUUACAACGUCAGAGAUAUGUUCAGAUGGCUUCAACAGAUUUGGACGAAUUGCAUUCGGUUUUACCUUCGUGAAGACGUCAACCCCGAGAUGGCCGCUGCCCCAAUCUCGACUCUGAUUAGUAAUCUAAAAAAAUAUAUCACAAACUAUGACGACACACUGAUGCAUCGGUUGUCCCUGCUAAAGAGCUUCAAGCUCAAAGGAGGAUACCCCGUAAGAAACUGGAACGCCAUCCCAGAAGAACUACGGUCUGAAUUUCUUCGCGUCUUUUCCUCACCAAACCUCUCAACCCUCGCGCUCUCUCGAUUCCGGCACUUUUCAGUCACCACCUUUGCGCACUGUCACAACAUCAUGCGUCUAAAACUUCACGACCUUCACAUAAACUUCACUCCUCGUGGUGGAGUCGAGAGGUUCAUCAGAAGACCCAUACCAAAGCCAACCAUUUUGUAUAUUGCAAAGAAUGACGCGUUCGUGUUUGCACGUUUAUUCAAGGCUAAAUGGAGCGACACAAGCCCCAUAAUGGACUUAACUUCGGUCCCGUCGAUACCAGGCAGCGUCCUACAUGAUUGGAAACCAAACAUCGAAAUUCUUGCCAUCACCGCCAUACGCAGUCUGGAUUGCUUCAGACACACCACGUUGGUGACCAACCUACGUGUCCUCAUCUGCAACGACAACUGCGACUUCAGCGAAGUCAGGAAGAGUUUCAUCAGGUGGCGAUCAGCUGGAGGGUGGAAACUCGAAGAACUUUUUCUCAUGAUGAAUCCAGACGAUGGCAAGCGUCUUGAUUGGGAAAAUUUGCAAACCAUGCUGAACGAAUCACACUUCCCACUUCUACGGUCGAUAAACAUCGUCCAAGUAGGAGGACAGAAAGUCGGCCUCACUGAACUACCAUGGGUAGCUGAUUCGACAACGGUUUCGAUACGCUUUGUUGAUCAUCAAACAACUCCUCAAAAUUACUCAAGAUACUUACCUCAAAAAUACUCAGCGUACUUACCAGCCAACUACCUUUGA